AUGUCGAUCAAGCUUGAGAAGGUCCCUCCCCACCGUUUGUCGGAGCUAUGCGAUCCUACAUCUUUGAAACUUAAGAAGCUGCUGAAUCGAAAUCACAAUGAGCACGCCAUUCUUCGCGACCCUCGACUAAUCCUACACAACCAUAUGCCGCAUGCUCUUGGAUCGUCUUAUCUUCUAGGCGCGACAGACUCCCAGUUACAGCAUAUUUUCGACGUCGAAUCCCCUCAUCUGGUCGAAUCUGACGACAAACGAAUCACGCAUGAAGAGGUCACCACAUUCAACUGGAGGAAGUUUCUUGGGCAGAAGCCAUACACUGCGGCCUAUGCCAUAUUCUUUGACGGUGAAGUUGCGAAAUACGGCGGCGACUGGAAAAAGGUUGUAGAAGACUAUGUCUGGGCUGGACCUGAACCGAUUAUCAACGGAUUCUCUGGAGGGCUCGGUCACCCUUUCAUUCAUCUUGCAUACGCAUACGAGUUUGAUGACGAAAAGGUCGCCACGGAAGCCUUGAGUAUGGGUUGCACGGAGUACGAUCCGACUCACGAGAUUCUGGACAACCCUCCACCAGACACGUCAACUUACAAGACCAAAAGCAUCAAGGAAGUUUUGGGUCGUAUCCGUGCCGACAAGAGAUUCGAUGGCUACGUCGAUUCCCCGGGGUUCGUGAAUCUCUUCACACUCCUCGGCAGAUUCAGAUCUGAAGUUUUCGAACACUGGCACGCGUGGGUCGUCGAGGAUCCAGACUCACAGCUCGGGGACUGCGCCAAGAUGGCAGCGGGGCUGUUCAUGGAAACGCGCAAUAAUGAGGAGGGCAUGUUCGAUUUCUUCGUGGCUCACAUUUUGACUUUUGCACAUGCUUUACGCAUUCUUCUGCCGCUCUGGUCGCAUGAGCAGAAGGUUUCGGUGAUGAGACAAUACGGCCUCUAUACGAUGAUGGUGUACAUCGCACAGCUUCGACCGGGCCUCGACUGGGAUGAAGAAGGGUUGUCAAAGGGUGGCGAGACACCUGCGUGGGACACAAUUUUCAAGAACUCAUUGAACAGCAAGUGGAUGACUGACGUGCACUUCCCGAAGGUCGUCAGAGGUAUGAAGGUGGUCGAAGAGACUUGGGGGGCUUCAGGCGGACUGUAUCAACGAGCAGCCGACGUGUUUGUGAAUGAGUUUAACGGAUGGGGAGGAUAUGGGGUCGGUGUCGAGGCUGCCUUUGGGCUUACUGGUGUUGCUUAG